UGCAUAACAAAUGGUAUUAUAGGUGAGCUGUUUAAAAAUCAACUGAGAUUUUAAUCUUAACACUGUGAGUCAUUAUUGAUUCCAAAUUAAGGAGUUCAAUGUAAACAUUCAGAAGAUCUCCAAAAAGAAGAAAGUAUAAAAUUCAUUUCUGGAUGAGAAAAGAUGUACACAUUUAUGAUGUUAAAACCAAGAAAAAAGAAAAUAUUAUUAUAUUUUACGACAUAAAAAAGAAAAACUGCAUACUUAGAAGGCAAAAUCAAACUAAAAACACAGUUUCAACAAAUGCUCAGUAUCCUAAAUAUAAUUCCAUCUUCUUCCAUCUACCUAACUCAUAUUUUCAUUGAAUGCCACCUAUACUGAUGAUAAAACUGAGGCCUAGAAAUGAUAAGUAACUGUUUCAGGAUCACUUAGGGCGGCAAAUGUUAAACCAACUCAGACCUCAGAUUGGGAUUCUGCCUCUUUUUUGCUGUCUUUAUAAUGAGAAUUUUGAAUUAGAGAUUAUUGACAUUGCCUUCCAAAUUUAAACCAAUGAUUUACGGCAACACCAUGCUCCAUUCACGAGGUGAGACAGAGAAAAAAUAAAAACACUGAAAUUCGGUUGGAACUGAACUGAAUGAAAGGGGAAAAAAUCCCUCUUUACAAUUAUGAGACUUAUUAGUAUUUUUCCUAAAUGUAACAUCCAGAUGUAAUUGGCUAUGUCUUUUUCAAAAAAUAUUUUUAGUGCUACAAAACUUUUUUUACAGAACGACAGUGCUACAAAACUUUUUUUACAGAACGACUAUAAAAACAGUUCAUUUCUGUAUAAUUUUCAAAAUUACACUUGGGGUCUGGACUAAGUGGAUCUUGAGAUCAAUAAAAAGUCCGGGACUGUUGCCUCUGAAACAUCCUAGGAAGGUGGCCCUUUUAACGUCUGUCAUGCUUAGCACUUAGGAGAUGACCUGAUCCUUUAAAGAAACCUCUCCUUUUUUUAUUCAGUCUUCAAAGCAUUAAGGGAAUAUGUCUGGGUUCAUUAUACACCUUCUAGCUCCUAACUUCUCCAACACUUCUCAACCUUCAGUUCUGACUGCAUUCAUUUCAAUUUGUCUACUCUUUUCCAACUAUUUUUAACUAAGGUAAAUUGUCCAAAUUCUCUUUCUCUUCUGCGGAGGUUUUUAGUACUGCUAACAUCUGAGAUAUACAACAUUUUUAUGACCCUGUCUCUAUUCACAUGAGCCAUUACCAGGUGGAAAUUCCCAGGUGGGAAAUUUCUCUCAGUUCACAUGGCCCAGGAUGCCUUCAUAAAUACUUUCCUGCACAAUUACAUAAAGGACACGAGCCUAGAAGACCUCCACACAUGUCAGAACCCUAGCGCGUCAAAGAACAAGUAGGCAAUUGUGAGCAAUUUGACAACCAAGGGCCUUGGCCGUUCAUUGGACACAGAGCACGUCAAUCCUUGUUUGUCAGCAAAUGAGCCCAAAGCUCGUGACGAGGGGUCACAGGCCACCGUCAACGGUUCCGCGUCAACAGGCCCCGCCCCUCGACUGUGGCCUGGCUCCACUGCCUGAGGCCCGACUUCCGUCGGACGCUUCCGCCAUUGGCCGUCUACCCUCCCGGUCGUGGGGCCUCCUCUGUGGUCCCUUCCGUGACUGCCUCGGUCCAUCUCACUUCCCUCAGCCUCCUCUCAGGGCAGCCACUUCGGGUGCCACCACCUGCGCCACUGCCAUCGUCCCCCGCCCGGCUGAGGUAACUGGCGGCUGCCAUGUCUACCACGGGGGAUGGAGAUCUGGCCCCUGGCGGGCAGGAAGGCCCUGCAGGUGCGGCGGGGGCCCAGGCUGGAGCCCGUGACGGUGUGGACCGCAGCUCCGAGGCUCGCAGGGGUGACUCCAUGCCUGAGGCUGAGGCGGGUGGAGUCGUGGGGGCCUCAGGAGGCCCGAGGGAGGCGGCCCUGGAGGGCGGGAACGCUGAGGAAGAUGCCGACCUCAGGCCGGCUGAGGAGAGGGAGGUGGAGGAGCAGGCGGAGGGCGUGAACCGCAUGGUGGUCUCGCGCCACUUCCCCAUGAACACCUUCCUCUUAACGGUCCUAAAUCUGGCGCACUCGAUGGUGAACCGUUUGUCCGAAAACCACGUCAUACUUCCGCCAAAUGAUGAUCGCGUGUUGGUCUGGCACCAGACCAGGCAGCGCUUGUCCGACCACGGCUCAGCCGCCGUGGCCAGGUUUUCGGAGGUCCAGGUGCCAUCGGAUGAAUCGGGGGAGGGGCCGGCUGAGGAAGCCCCAGACCAGGGGGCGGAGCAGGCGGAGGAAGCCCAGGAGGCGGAGCAGGCGGAGGAAGCCCAGGCGGCAGAGGAAGCCGAGGAGGCCUCUUUAUUGGAGACGGCCACCAAGGAGUCUGAGGAGCCCAGCUCGCGGGAGAUGCCACAGGAGCCUGUCGCCCCUGAGAAAACAGCUGAAUGCCAGGAUGAGAACUCCAAAGAAGAGGCGCAGGGCACCAAAAGUGAGGGGAAAGAAAAGAAGUAUAACAGAAAACAAGAAGAACCAGAAAAGGAUCUGGACCCAGCAAAGGACUGGCCCAGAAAGCCCAGUUUGGAAGACUAGAAAGAAGACAGAGAAAGAAGAAAGGAUCCAUUGUUCGCUAUUUUUAGAUUUUUCAGAAGCCCAUGGGAUUACUAACAUUGAUUUCCUUCCCAAAUCCAUCCCCCAAAAAGCAACUGUCUAAUAAUAAUAUCUAUAAAAAUUCCAAUAUCUAAUUGGGUUUUAUCUUUUCCAGAUAUAUUUGACAGCAUUUGUUCUAGUUAAAACUAAGUUUCAAAGUAGUAAACUGAAAUGUAGAUAGAUUUGUGUAUAUAAAUAAUCCUGAUUUAAAUCUCUUUAAAAUGAGAAGCCGUUUUACAUCAUUGGAAGGCAUCAUCACAUUCCACCAUUUGAUAAGCCUGUUUUAAGUUCUUUUAUUGCAGCCCAAAAUAAAAUUUGUAUUUAAAACAGUUUUGUAAAGACAGAAAUAGGGGUCAAGGCUUUAUAUCUGAACUUGUUUACUGUACUAGUCACUAGCCAUGUGUGGCUACUGAGCAUUGAAAAUGUGGCUACUCUGAGUUGAAAUGUGCUACAAAUGUAAAAAGUGGUGUAAAGUCUCUUUAAUACCUAAUUACACAUUGAAAUGAUAAUCUAGUAUUAAAUAUAGCAUUAAAAUUA